AUUCCUCUUCCUCCCACCUCCCCAAAACCCCUACACCCGCGCCGCCGCCGCCGCCGCCGCCGCCGGCGCAGGCCGCAAUGGCCAUGCUGCUCCGGCGACCCAUCCAGACCCUCGCCAUCCUCCCCCUCCUCGGGCGCCACCUCUCGGCCGCGGCCGCCGUGGAGGCGGCCACCGCGGAGUACCACCACCACCACCCGGACCUCCUGUCGCCGCCGUUCGACUACCUCCCGGGCCACCCGCGGCCCGACGCGAAGCACGACGAGCUCAUCCUCGCCGUGCCUCGGGCCUCCUCGGGGAGGCACGCGGCGGCCAAGGAGCGGAAGGCCGGGCGGGUGCCGGCCAUCGUCUUCGAGCAGGAGAACGGCCAGGAGGGCGGCAACAAGCGGCUCGUCUCCGUGCAGUCCAAGCAGAUCCGCAAGCUCGUCGACCACCUCGGGCGGUCCUUCUUCCUGUCACGCCUCUUCCGCCUCCAGGUCUGGUCCGAGCACGCCGGCCAGGGGGAGCUCAUCGAGAGCGUCCGCGUACUGCCGCGCAAGGUACACUUGCACGCGGGCACUGAUGAGCCUCUGAAUGUGACAUUCAUGAGAGCUCCUUCUUCAGCGUUACUAAAGAUAGAUGUUCCUUUGAUGUUCAUUGGAGAGGACGCAUCACCUGGUCUCAGGAAAGGAGCUUACUUCAACACAAUAAAACGGACAGUUAAGUACCUGUGCCCUGCUGACAUAGUACCACCCUACAUUGAGGUGGAUCUAAGCGAGUUAGAUGUUGGGCAAAAAUUGCUGAUGCGUGAUCUUAAAGUCCACCCAGCCCUUAAGUUGCUUCAGUCACCAGAACAACCCAUAUGUAGCAUUAUAGGAUCAAGAGCGCCUGACCAGAAGAAGUCGAAAUAAUUUCUGUUGUAUCAACUAUUUCCAACAGAAUAAGCUUUUUUUUUUUUUGUAUUCACGCUUGAGUUAUUCAAGAGUUGAUUGCCCCCCUAGAAUGGAUACUAGGAUGAACUGUAGUCAGGGACCACU